GAAGAACAACACCUGUUGGAGUAGCAUUGAGGGCAGAUCUGACACGCCUUAAAGACAGACAUGGGGAGGAUGGAGAAAUCUUUACUUCUCCUUUUUGCCUUCAUAGCUUCUUUUUACUGUCAAUCUGUACCUGUGAUUGACAUGAAUGUGGUAGAGGUGAGAGAGGAUGUUCCAGUAGGUGAAUUUGCGUUUCAAAUCAUUGCGAAUGAUGCAGACAAUGACCCCCUAACAUAUGAUAUCACAGGACCAAAUGCUAUUUAUUUUGAUGUCAACAAAGUGACGGGGGAAGUCAAGAUCAAGAGACAGCUGGACAGAGAGGCAAAUGAUCUCGUGAGCAUUAAUGUUGUAGUGAAUGAUGGCGUUUAUGCAGAUGAGACAAAACUUGUAUAUGUUACUGUUAAAGAUGCAAAUGACAACGCACCAGUUUUCCUUGAUCUGCCAUACAACAGGGAGGUUGCAGAGGAUUCACCUGUGGGCAGUACACUUUUUACAGCAAAGGCCAUAGAUGCUGAUUCUGGCACGGCUUCCAUUGUGUCCUACAAUAUUGAUGAAGUAGUGCCGAAUGACGGGGCUAGUCUAUUUUCAGUAUCUACGAAGGAUGGACAUGUUGUCUUGCAAGAUUCUUUGAGCUAUACUGAUAAAAGUCCUUUCUAUCAAAUACGAAUCAGUGCAUCUGAUGGUGGUGGGGAUCUUGGUGAUGAAUAUGUGUUUCAGUCCUCCACUGCAAUUGCAUUCAUAACAAUUAAAGAUAUGCCAGACCUCGACCCACAGUUUCUGAAUUUACCUAACAUCGCCACUAUUGAUGAGAAUUCUAAUGUGGGCAUGUCAGUCUUUACUGUGAGAGCAAGAGAUCCUGAUACUGGAGUCAAUGAUGCCAUCCUCUACAGCAUUGAAAAUACAAAUGCUCCAGACUUGUUCCAAAUCAAUGAGAAUGAUGGUCAAAUAACUGUCAAAACGGUAUUUGACCGUGAGGAGUUAUUAGAUAUAGGUGCUGUUGUAGAACUGCAAAUAAAGGCAAGAGAAACAAAAGUUAAUGUCCAUGGAGUUAUAGCCAGCACGGUACAAGAUCUACAGAUUGCUAUUGGAGAUGUGAAUGACAAUGGGCCUGAUUUUUAUGAAUGUAAAGAUGGUACCUGCUCGAUGAAAACCAGUUUCAAUGGUGAUGUCGAUGAGAACUCAUCCACGGGAGUUGCUGUAACUGGUCUGAAUAUCAGAGUCAAAGAUCCAGACCAGGGAGCAAACAGUAGUUUCAAUCUCCAUGUUGAGGGUCCAGAUAAGGAGGCAUUCUCUGUCAUUCCCAGCUCUGGGGUGGGAGACGCUGUUGUACAACUGACAAUAAAAAAUCCCACUGCUGUUGAUUUUGAGGAAAAGACUGUAAUGUCUGUGGAGAUUGUUGCUACAGAUGCCAGUGCUGGCUUCUCUUCUACAGCCACUAUCACCAUUAACAUCAAUGAUGUAAACGACAACUUCCCUGAGUUUGAGAAGGAAUUUUUUGACAUCGAUGUGUAUGAGCACUGUAAAGAUGGAACUGCUGUGGCUACCAUUACAGCAAUAGAUAAAGAUGCCUUGGAUGAUGGCAAGAUCACUUACAAACUGGUGCCGGACAGCAUCCUGACACUCUUUGACGUCUAUGAGAAAAACGGAAGUGUCUAUGUUAAAAAUGGAUCUCUUCUUGACUGGGAGGGCAUCAAUUCCUACUCGCCAACACUGCAAGCCAGAGAUUCAGAUGGCAAGAUUGGUUCCACUGUUUUGGUGAUCAACAUUAAGGACAUUAAUGACCAGAAACCAGAGAUAAACAGAGAAGUUUACAAUGAAUUUGUGCAAGAAGAUCAAAACCUGGAGCUUCAAAUUCAGGCUAGAGAUGGAGAUGAACCAGGAACACCAAACAGCCAAAUCCAGUAUCGCAUUGAGGACAACCCUUUGAGAAGCAACUUCACCAUAGACCUGGAAUCAGGGUUGCUUAAGAACAAUGGCCCAUUGGACCGUGAAGCCAUUGACCCUGAGAUGAAUGGUGUGAUUGAGUUGAAAGUGAUCGCUUUAGACAUGGGCACGCCAUCCCUGUCAUCAUCAGCCACAGUCAGCAUCAACGUUGGGGAUGUCAAUGACAACUCUCCAGGAUACCUUGAUCCUGACUAUACUUUUAAAGUGAAGGAAAAUGAAACCGGCAUAUUGGUUGGCUCUGUCCACGCUCACGAUGCCGACCAAACAGACUUCAAUAACCGCAUCGUCUUCAACAUCGUUGAUGGUAGUUUUGGAAGCUUCAUAUUAUUUUCUGAGCCUUUCAGUGAAGGCUACAGGGGUAACAUAACGGUGGAUCCCUCCAUAGUGCUGGAUUAUGAUAAGGGCUACAAGACUUAUACUUUAAAGGUUGAGGCCUCAGAUUUAGGUCAGAAAAAAGCUGUGACCACAGUGGAAGUGGUGGUGGAGGAUGUUAACGACACUCCGCCUGAUUUCCCAACCGACAUGAUGCUGAAUGUUAAUGAGAAUACCAGCCUUCCAGAUGCACUGAGCACAAUCACUGGCACUGAUGUAGACACUAACUUUUCUCUUCAAUAUGAGCUCAUUUCUUCUGAAUGCCAAUGCAGUGCCACCAGAGGGCCGUGUCCCGAAGAGUGGUUUAAAGUUGAGAAAAAUGGUGAGGUGAAAGCAAAUCCUGACUACGUUAUCGACUACGAGAAAUGCGAUCAAGUGUUCUUGACUGCUAUUGUGGUAGAUAUUUACACUGAGAAGGGAAGAAACAGCAGUGAAGGAGUUGUCUCUAUUAUUAUUGAGGAUAUCAAUGACAACGCACCAGAGUUCAUCACACUUCAGGAAUUCUAUGUUGUACUACUUGAAAGGGUUGAGAAGGGCUCAUCAGUCGCCAAAGUUUAUGCCACAGACAGAGACAAAGGAGUUAACAGAAAAACUGACUUUAAAGUUUUAAAGGUGGAGUAUGUCAGCGGUGAUCAGACCGUCCCACAGGAUUUGUUUUUCACCGCUGACUCUGAAGUUCAGGAAGAUUCUACAGGAAUGUUUAUUACAGAUAUACGAUCCCAGAAGUCACUGGCCAGUAUCCAGGAGGGAAAGUAUUUGGUGGAGGUGCAAGCAUGUAACCCUAAUGCUGAGGUGAAGCUCUGUUCCACUUCUGUGAUUGAGCUUCUCACAGUUGACAGAUCCUUCAGAGUGAGUCUCAGGUUCAGGUCAUCAGUAUCAGAAGUCAAUGACAAUUUACCCCAGAUCAGAGGGGUUCUGGCAGGUGCUACAAAAGCAACGGUUCACAUCUUUAAUGUGUUUAGUGAGUCGGAAAAUCAAAGAGCUGAUGAGAUUACAGUUUUGGAGGCUUACUUUGUAUUUUCAAAUGGCACAGCUCUUGGAUAUGAUGAAGUAAAUAAAAUUCUGAAUUCAGAGGAGGUUUAUUCGGAAUAUGGAGUCAUGCUAUCUCAGUUUGGAUUUACUGGCAUUUCAACAACCGGUGGCGAUCAAAAAGAGGUCAAGAUUGAAGUAUUCAUCAUGAUUGGUUUGGUGGCCGCACUGGGGAUCGUUCUGGUCGUAACAACCACAUCACUUGUGUGCAUCAGAAGAAACUACAAGAGGAAACUCAAGGCAUCCAAAGCCAUGAACUCUGCAUCCGCAGUGGUGAUAGAGAACCAGAAGGGUGGGCCUGUUGUACCUGGAACCAACAAAUACACCAAAGAAGGAGCAAACCCAGUGCUGAAUAUGAAUAUUGACACAGCCACAGACCUUGGCUUUGAUGAAGAUGACUCCAGCACAGACAGAGAGAGCCUUAAUUCCCUGGACUACAACAUUGAUAUGACAGAAAAAGACACUAUGCCAAUGAAGGCAAUUGAAGAAGAAGAUGAGGAAUAUGAGAAUGAAUCUCUUUACAUUGAGCCUCUGGGUGCUGCAUUAGCCCAGCGAGAGAGAAAGAGAGAUUCAGAGAGCCCCAGUCUUACUUUUGAAAACCCUUCUGUGAGCACCACAGACCUCUAACAUGCACCUGCAUGCCAUUUGUUUAUUUGGCCUGUCAAAAAGAAAAAAGACUCCAUUAACUUUCACAAAUUACCUCAAUACCUUUAGAGUUGACCAAUGACUUUAAUCAAUCAAUCAAUAAAUAUAAAUGUGGUUGAUCAAUUCCAAUGUGCUUUGGAGAGCCAAUAAUGCACUUUGAAUUAUACAAGUUUUGUAAAGAAACAAAAAAAAAAAGACAGGGAAAAAAUAUUGUGAUGGAAAAUGUAUUAUUUUCAUGGCACUCACUACUAGAAGCUGUAAUUCAAACAUGUUUGAAGACCAAUGUUUACUUUGCUUUAUUCUUUUUCAUUUUCUAUCAUAUCUUUUUCAUAUUAAUGAUGGAAAUCUUUGAAUCUUCAAUAAAUGAAACCCAAUCCUUCUCACAUACAGAAGAAUGGAACUCAAGUUGCCACCCUUAAAUUUUCUGUCAUUGAACAAAAUGACACAAGCAGAAACAGUUAGGCAAAACAUGAAUUGCAUCAACAGAAACCAAUUUACAGCAAAUCUACAGCAUGACACUGCUUGUGAACCCUGCCAAAUAUUACCUGGGGCUAUCCUGGUAGGCUUAGUUUUGAGACAAAUCAAAGCAAGCAAAUAAAGACCUCAGAUCUUGCUAAGCCUGUUUGGUGGCCAGGUUGUAGAUAUCGUAUAUUGUCUGUAUAUGGUAUAUUGUUAUGAAUAUGUGGUAAUUGUAAUCAUUUGAUAGAAUGUUCUCUACAUUUUGCUAAAUUAUUAAAAUAAAGUCAUGUCAUCUGAUGGCCAACGUCAGUGUCCAUUUUCUCAAUAACAGCCGAGUGGUUGCUUUAGCCUUUUAGAUGUGGUUUAAUUUAAAAACUUUUCACUUUACAUCCAUCACAGUAGUCACAAAACAUCACAAGGAAUGUAAGGCUUAAAAGGUAUGUUUGUUACUGGUGUGCUGAGAUUACUUUACAAUACAAGACAGAUCCAUUGAAAAUUACAGGAUUGUACAAAAGCAAUUAGAAAAGGAAUGCUUUUAAAUGUAAGAAAAACAUCAAAUAUUUCAGUGUCUCAGAAUCAGAGACCUCAUC